CACCACAUCUCGCUCGCCUCGCUCUCCCACUCCUGCUCCACCCACACUCCUUUGACCUCCUCUUCAACCCCCUCUCGUGGCGCUCAGUCUCGCUCCUGCCGCUCUCGCACAUCCGCUCUUGCACGCUUGCCUACACGCCCUCACCAACAUGCGUUUCGCCCUCUCCUCGCUCGCCGUGCUGCUCGUCGGCGCCGGCGCCGCCUCGGCCGUGUCGCCGCGCGACGUGCACCAUGCCAUGGUCGCGCGCCAGAGCAGCAGCAGCGGCAGCGGCAGCAGCAGCAGCAGCCAGCCGGCCGAGCCGACGGCGCCCAGCAGCAGCGACGUCUUCCGCGCCGGCUCGCAGUGCACGAUGCAGUGGACUGCCGGCUCGGGCAACAAGUGGAAGCACAUGACCAUCAGCCUCAUGACGGGCACCAACCUGCACAUGACCAAGCUGACGGACAUUGCGACGAACGUCGACGGCACGAGCGAGACGUCGUACUCGUGGACGUGCCCGGAGGUGUCGCCCUACAGCGCGAUCUACUUCUACCAGUUCACGGACGCCGACGGCGCCAACCCGCAGUGGACGACGCGCUGGACGAUCGCCUCUGCCGACGGCGAGACGGUGCCGCCGCCGGAGGCCAACCAGCCGGAGAACCCGUCGCCGGCGGUGCCGUGGGGCGAGGGCAAGCUGCUCUCGGCCAGCAGCACGUCGAACUCCGGCUCGAGCAACAGCAGCAGCAGCGGCGCCACGUCGGAGUCGGACUCGAGCUCCAGCUCGUCGACGGCCAUGCCCACCGAGUCCUCGACGCGCAGCUCCUCCAGCUCGUCGUCGAGCUCCUCGACUGCCAGCGUCGUCGCCGGCGCUGGCCGGGCCGCCGCCACGACGACGCCCAACAGCGCCGCCGCCUCGCUCUUCCGGCCCACGGCCGCAGCCCUGGUGGCUGUCGCCGCCGUCGCUGCUCUCCUCUAGACUGCAUCGCACGUCGCUUCUCCACCCGCUUCUCACUCGCCUCUAUCUCUUUCCGGGCGCACUUCGGCCUCUCAUCAGCACUUCUUCUCGCCGCCGUCCUCGGCCGCACAGCAUUCCCGUUACCUCCUCACGCUCCUUUGCCGCGGCCCGCUCUCCUACCAGCUCUCGACAUAAUAUAUGCUCGACCGGCGCAGACCAUGCCUGCGUGACAGCACAGCACGCACGAAGAGCGAGAGAGAUGAGAUCUGAAUGGAGAAGCGAGUACAUGAGAGG